UUAUACAUGUACCGCAAAAUUUGCUGUGAUACAAAAUCUGAAAUAUUUAGCAAUAUUUUUUGGAACUAAACAAGGCCUGAGUCAUUGAGGCCUUGAGGGAGUAAUAAAAUUCUAGGAGUACUCCAACUUCCAUGGACUAAAAAAAGUCAGAAGUGACAAGUCUUCUCUGCUCCACGGCUGCUGGCUUGUUGCUUGCCGCCUUCUUCAGAGUUGCUUGCUUGCGUUGCGUGUCUCUGCAUGCGCGCACAACAAGUUUAUCCGACUCCGACGGCAUGGAGGGAUCAACACUACACCGCAUCAUCUUCAUCACUGUCGGCCUCGUGCUGAUGGUCCUUCUCCACCUCGUCGUGGCCAUCUGCGUGCUCUUCCGCGCGCGCCCCUCCCACCGCGUCGCGGAGCACGCGGAGGAAGAGAGCGGCGGUGCUGGCCUUUCGGCCGAGGAGGUCGGCGGGCUGCCGUGCCAUGAGUUCAAGGAGGACGGCGGCGGCGGCGGCGGUGGCGAGUGCUCGGUGUGUCUGGAUGUUUUCCGCUCGGGCGACCGGUGCCGUGUGCUGCCGAGGUGUGGCCACAGGUUCCACGCGGAGUGCUUCGACUCGUGGCUGCGCAAGAGCCGCCGAUGCCCCGUCUGUCGCACCGAGGCGGUCGAGCAGCGGAAGGACGCCGCCGGCGCUGUUGUUGCCACCGUGGAGGUAGUUUCUGAAGUGUAGCGUCGUGUAGCAUGUUUGGUCCCCGGAUUGCCGUCUCUUCCUUGUAAAUUACCUGUCGUUUUUGCCUGUAUGUAAAUUGCCUGUCUUUUCUGCAAAUUUAUUCUCGGACGAAGAUAGAUAGGAGCUCGUUUGGAACAUUGGAUGAACUACUUACCCAUUUCUUCUGCAGACAUACUACUCAUUCCUUACUCAACGUGGAAAAAAAAUGCAAAUACAUCAUAACCAGUGAGUUGUUUAUCCAUGACAAGCUCUGCAGACACAUGCUUUAGUUAUAGAUUUUAUUUAGGUUUAUCCUUGUUAAACAUAAAUAAAUUUAUAACUAGGUUACACAUGAUCCAAUGAGUAUAAAAUUUUUUACUAUAGUUCAAUUAUAUAAUAAUUAGUCAACCAUAAAAAUUUUAUCAUAAUCGAACCAUAGGAAUUGUAGCUAUAAAUUAUUUUGAUUAAUUACAAAAAACAUAGAUCUAAAGUCACAGUUAAAGCUUAUACUAAAGCAUAUCAUAUUAUAUGUUUACUUAGAGCAUCUCCAAAAGUCUUUCUAAAUCUCACUGUCUAAAUUAUUAUUUGGAGAACCAUUUGCAUAAAAUUGCUUUUCUAUAUUCUUUACUCUCCAACAGUUUUGUUAAAACUCAUGCGCACUCUAGAGAGUCAUUCUCGUCAUCUAUAUUUGGCUAGCGAAAAAUACAAAAUAGACAAUGACUAUAUUUGGAUGACCAUUUAGAGAAGUUGUUGGAGGUUAGUCUUUCACUAAAAUUGUUAUUCCUAGCAUUUAGGAAGAAUAUAGAAAGUCUCAUGAAGAUGCUCUUAUAGAUCUACUUAUGUGGAGUUUGACAAAAUUGAUUUUUUUUUUCAUUUUAUGAUUUUUUAUGAUUUACUAUAAUUUUUUAAAGAUUCAGCCAAAAUAAAUAAAAAAGAAAAACACAAAACCGCAUUUAAACUACUUAUAUAGGAUCAGCGAGGUAAGAUGAACGAUUUGAAGAAAAUAUUUUAUUUAGUUUCAAAGUUCAUGAA